AAUUGGGAAUGCCACCGAAAUCGAUGCAAAAAGAACGCAGAUCGGGAAAAAGUGAGAGUUUUCCAGAUGCGACCCUCGGAUCCAAAUCUUUGCUUAUAUUGGAAAGCUCUCGGGGCAAACUUGGGCGACCCCGUUGGGGAUCCACAUAGAGAGGGGUGUAAAUAAAAAGGGAGGCGUUGUGGCCAGUUCAUUAGGUGGUGAUGCUGGAGCUUACCAUCAAGGGAGGACCUUAAGAGAAUGCAGUGGGGGGGGGUGGAGGAUACGCCUGACAGGGAACUUUCUCCACCCCCUCUGCAAGGGAGCAUCUUUGGGGACGUCCCUGCCUGUGCCUCUCUCUCUGCGGGGAAGCUCUUGCAGCGCUUGAUUUUUCCAAAGGAUUCCAACUAAGCUGACGUCACGAGAGGUGGCCUAUUGCUUCCCAGAUCACUGCCGUAACUUUUGCCUCUUUGCCUUUGCUGCGCCUGCCAAAGGCAUCUGUAUGAACUCAGAAACCCCAUGCCAAGUCCCUGUGGGUGGGCCUGGCCUGCACAUGGUGCCUGGGUUUUUGUGACUUGGGCAGCCUGCCCACCGAGGGAGAGCAGAGGCUGCAGAGGGGCACAGGGAGGCAGGCAUGGAGGACUCUGACCAGCGCUUGGUGCUGGGCAUGAACAUGGGAGAUGGACGACAAACACCUCCGGGGCAGCUGCAGACUCCCUCUGAAGGCAGCGAGGAACAGCGGGUGCCUGGGCCGGAGGCCAUGUGUGAUGGUGGUGGCGAUGCCAAGAAGAAAGAAAAUGAGGAAGAAGAAGAGGAGGAGGAGGAGGAAGAGCUUGACCCUCGCAUUCAGGAAGAGCUGGAGCAUCUCAAUCAAGCUAACGAAGAGAUCAAUCAAGUGGAAUUGCAGUUGGAUGAGGCUCGCACCACAUACCGGAGGAUCUUGUCUGAAUCGGCUAGGAAGCUGAAUACUCAGGGCUCCCAGCUGGGAAACUGCAUUGAGAAAGCACGCCCUUAUUAUGAAGCCAGGCGCUUGGCCAGGGAGGCCCAGCAAGAGACCCAGAAGGCUGCCCUGCGGUACGAACGAGCUGUUAGCAUGCACAAUGCAGCCCGGGAAAUGGUUUUUGUGGCUGAGCAGGGAGUCAUGGCAGACAAGAACAGGCUGGAUCCCACCUGGCAGGAGAUGCUGAACCAUGCCACCUCCAAGGUGAACGAGGCUGAGGAAGAACGCCUGCGCAGCGAACGGGAGCACCAGCGGGUCACCCAGCUCUGCCAGCAGGCCGAGGCAAAGGUGCAGUCACUCCAGAAGUCCCUGAAGCGAGUGAUUCUGAAGAGCAAGCCCUAUUUCGAGCUGAAGGCUCAGUUCAACCAAAUCCUGGAGGAGCACAAGGCCAGGGUGACGUCCCUAGAGCAGCAGGUUGCCCAGGCCAAGAUGCGCUAUUCCGUAGCCCUGCGCAACCUAGAGCAGAUCAGCGAGCAGAUCCACGCCCGGCGGCUCCAGCGCUUGGUGGGACGGCGCGCUUCCCCAGUUGGUGCUGAAGCCAGCCCGGCACUGCUCUACGGCGGGAUGGUGCUACCUCCUGAGCCUGUUGCCUCGUCCGACACGCUCUCGGUCCUCAGCUUCCAGACCAUCGCCUCUGACCUGCAGAAGUUUGACUCAGUUGAGCACCUGCUGGGCCUGUCUGAUGCUGCCAGUCUCAACAGCGAUGAGCUGGAGGAAAGGGAGCAGCGGCGGAUGGCUCAGCCCCACCCCUUUAAGCAUCACCGCAGCAUCAGUCUCUGACCUGUCCCUUCUCCCACCGCCCCUUUAAGUCCUGGCCUUCAGAAGAUUGGGGAGGUGCUGGUUCCCAGGCACCAAGAGAAGUUGCAAGCAGAGGCAUAGGUUCCAUAGUGAUUUUGGCCUCGUCCAUCUGCCGUGUUGAUUUCUCCCCCCUCCCCUCUC